UACAGUUAAUAUAAUGUAUUACAAUAGUUACACUACAAACAGGAAAUCAGUAUUGAAAUGUAAUGAUAUAAUCAGAAUAAUAUUACUUUUAUUUGGAUAUAUUGAACUCACCUUGGCUGACGUAUUCUGCGGAUCACAUUUGCCAGAGUUUGGUCAACAUGUUCGCUUUUGUUACGGUAUAACAGCAUAUUGUUGCGGGUUUCAAGAUGGCCACUGCUGUUGGGAUUCGAUAUGGAAAAUAUGGUGGUUCUGGGUUGUAGUUCUAGUUGUUCUAGGCGCAUUAUUCUCAUGCAUUGGAUAUUUUUGUACUUGUAUCAAUGAUGAUUACAACAGCACAGGAAGAGUGAGUCCGUUCUUUGCAAUUCGUGACGGAAUACGAAGAAGAUUUUCAACGCAGAGCAGCGCUGACGUGGAUGAUCCGUUUAAGGAAUAUCGAGACCGUGCGGUUAUGCUUCCGCCUUAUUAUCCAACAACGAGUACGGUACCAGUGGGGUCUGCGGGUCCGAGCGGUGGAACAGACACGUAUCCGGAUUUACCGCCGCCCUACGCAGAGGCGACCGCUACAACAUCAGAAAACACACCGCUCCUACCAGUCGGUACGACAACAACCUCCACUGUUCAGAAUCCCUCAACGACUCCACAACCAACAGCUCCGAUGCCCCCACGAUGAUACGGGAACCACAAGCAAAUAAAAACUCAUAUUUAUAAUUCCAUCUACACCGACAUAGCCUUCCUUACUCGAUCAGAGACAAUGUGGCUUUACAAGUCGGGUUUGCGGCUAACUUACGACUAAUUUUACGAAGAUAGAUAAAGCACAGCCGGUGUAUAGCAAAAUGAUAUAUUUGCCGACGUUUCGAAAUUCUAUUCAGAAAAAACUUCACCAGGGCAUGAUAUGAAAAGUACACUAUCAUAUAUAUAGAAAAUAGAGAAAAGAAAAAUUAUCAUGGCGUAAAAGAUCUGAAAAAUUUAUCAUGGCGUAAAAAAUCCGAAUUUUUUUUCUUUUUUCCGCUCCAUAUAUAUACGAUGGUGCGCUUUCCAUAUCAUGCCAUGAUGAAGUUUUUCUGAAUGGAAAAUACGAAACGUCGGCAAAUUAUAUCGUUUUGCUAUACACCGGUUGUGCUUCAUUUAUCUUCGACAUGAAUAUACCUGGUGGCAAUCAUGCGCUAUUUCAAUCUUACGCCUAAAAAUAAUUCAUCACACAUCGUAAAAUAUGUUUUUAUUAUUAACCUGUUUCAUGUCAACUUUAGCGUCUGCACCGUAGCUUCAAAUAUUUCAUUUUACGCAUCAAGUUAUUAAAGCUGACUGAUGACUCUAAUUCAUGAUGUAUGUUAACUGAGUAGCAUUUACUUUGAAAUAUCAACAGAAUUCCUGAUUUUUGUAUUUACUUCUUCAUUUUUUUGUUCUCCAAGUGACGUAGUAUUAUUCUCUCAAACAAAACCAUGUGUGUUAUUAGACGAUCAGGGUUA